AUGGUGCCUUUCCGCCGUACCCGUCGAAUUUCCUUACGAAUCGUCGCUAUCAAUGAUGUGGGAAGGUGUAAUCCGCCCAAGGUGGAAUCUAUUCUGAAAUAGAGGAACUGAAUCACUCGGAACUGGGAUCGAACCAACUCCUCUCUGUUCACUAUGAAUCCCAACAAUUCCCGAAACUGUAAACAUAAAUCUCGUUUGUAAACGUAGUCAUGAAUUGGAUUUGCAAAAGGUAAGUCGUCUAGGUAUGUGACAGCAGAUACCCUUUGCUUUUCAGUGCGCAGUGACCGACUUCAGAAACUUCAUGAGGCACCAUGUGAACCUAUAGGUAAGUGCCCUUCAAGUCCAACCUUGUAGAUCCCCUAAGAGAUGGAUACCUUCCUUCUUGAGUUGUCGGUACGCCCCAAAACCAUUGGGUUGGCAUAGGUUGAUGACUGGGUGAUAGUCUCCUAUCUUCUUCCUUACUACCAAACCGUUGCUGAGAUGGUUCUCCAAACGAUAGUCCGUCUGCCUGAGGUCCUCGCUCUUUCGUCCCUAACUUCAAUAGUUUGAAAUCCAUCUUUAAUCGGGCUGCUUUGCGGCGUUCUAUGCACCUGUCUGCCUUGCGUUCCCCAACUUACAUAUUGCCCUUUGCACCCAUUCCCUCACAUCGUGAGCUUCUAGAGGUGAGUCUUGUGUGGGGUCAGGUCCACAAAGUAUAGAAUUUUUUCCCGGGCUGAUCAUAUCCAGUAUUUAACUCAUUUUGAGUCCUCCUCCUACACACUGAUCGGGACAUACAUAUCACCACGAGCUCCAUAGUGAGGACUAUCUUGUUCGGACAUAGAGGGUGUGGGCAUUCCAUCCUGAGCCGGUCUCGGAUUUCUUUUCCCAUAGGCCUCCUAAGCCAGAAGUGGGCCCGGUGCUCCAGUUAACCCCAUUCGGAUGACCCUGGUUGUCGGAUGGUGCGUGAGUCAAAACAGGAGUGUCCAGUGUGCCAAAGAAAAAAACCUUUCUUGCUAGGCGUGUCUUGUCACUUUUACCUCUUCUGCCCUCCAUUCUUUCAUGAUCUCCAGAGAAGGGGGGAAGGAUGAAGUCCUCGUCCCCUGAUGAUGGGUGUCCGACCUAACGUCGGUAUCUCAAUCUUCCAUUGGUGUUGCUGCCGUUGCACCUGCUCUGUCGGAUGGGUUGUUAGCCAGCAUACUGGAGAGGACUUCUUCCCCCGGAGCUGUCAUGGCAGCCUUAAUCCUCGCCUGAAAAUCGGUCGGGGAUAUUGAGGUAAGUCCGACAUGUUGGUUCACACCCUUUCGGUCCGUGGGAGACAGGAUCGUACAACAGUACACUUAUUGCCACUCAGUAGGCUUCCGCGUAUAACUGGGGGUCACCCAGAAUUUUGAUCAAUCAGUAUCAUUUUCGCAGGAUCCGGGGAGUGGUCUGAGAAUGAGGACACCCUCAGUAAGACCGGGAUGAGCGGUCUGCAAUGUCGGGACGUAGCCCGAGUCUGGGAGACGUGAAAGCCUCAAUAUAUAUAGUCCACGGGGUUCAUCCUUAUAUGGUCUAGAAUUGUGGAGUUUUGGCAGCACUGUGAGUUCUCCUUCUUGGUUAAGGGAAGGGCAUACGGAACCCCAGUUGAAGCAUAGAGGUGCCAGAAUACAUGCAUCUAGUGCGCCCUGGUCUGUGCAUACAAUGACAGAGCGUACUCUGAAGGUAGAAGCCCUAGAAAGGGUGCGGAGGGUCACCCCUUUGUACCUAUGCCACUAGCACCGGAGUAAGACUCGCUUGGGGUUCACCCAGCAUAGGGGGGUCACCCCUGUAUGAAUGUCUCUUAUGGCGUGUUGGGACACUCUUUCGGUCUAUGGGGUACCGAACAGGUGUCAGGUACGGUAGUAUACUUAUUGCCACUUAGUGGGCCUCCACGUACGACUGGGGGUCACCCUGAAUUGUUUCAAUCAGUACCAUUUAGAGAUUUCCUGGGAGUGGUCUGAGGAGGGGGUCACCCUCAAUAAGACCGGGAUGAGCGGUCAGUAAUGUUGGGACGUAGCCCGUGUAUGGGGAGGUAUGGUAGCCUCCAAAUUAUCCAAGGGGUCACCCUUAUAGGAUAUAGUACUGUGGAGAAUUGGCAGCACAGUGAGCUCUCCUUCCUGGCUCUGUCGAUAUACAUGUAUCCAGUGUGACCCAGUCUGUGCAUACAGUAACAGAUUGUACUCCGUGGAUAUGAGCCCAUCCUAGGGCGUGGGGGACCCCCCCAGUAUAUGUAUGUCACUAGUACCGGAAUAAUAUUCGCUUGUGGUUCACCCAGCGUAGGGGGAUCACCCCAGUAUAUGUAUGUCACUAGGACAGGAACCAGAUUCGCUUGGGGGUCACCCAGCGUAAGGGGGGUCACCCCUGUUAAUCACUCCAUUAUGUGUCCUGGGAGGUGUAUCCCUGUGGGGAAGGAGUGUAUCCAGUGGUUGUGAGGUCCAGUGGGAGUAGGGAGCUGAGUAAGAUAUCAGCUCUAUUUAAUUUCCCUGCCAGUAGAUAGAGUAAUGCAUCCACUAUAUGCCCACAGCAGGGGACAGUCCAUUCAUAAUCCUCCAGAUGUACAAUAAAACUGUUAUUCAACAUGUCAAUUGUAUAGAACAGAAUAGAGCAAACUGUCAGCAGAUGCACACAGCAGGGAUCAGUCCUACAUAUUCAUGCAGAGUUACAUAUAAAAACUUUUAUUUCACAUGCCAAUGAAAUAUGCCAGUAUAGAGCUCAGCAGUGAACAGUCCAUUCAUAAUCUUCCAGGAAAGGUACAUAUAAAACCUUUAUUCCACAUGCCCAUGAACAGUAUUGAGCUCAAAAGUACUUGUAAAACUUUUAUUUCACAGGAAAAUAUAUGAAACAGUACAGAACUAGCCGCCAGUUCGUGGGAAUCACGAACUGGCCAAACGACAUGGCCGACGUGAAUCUCGCGAGUGCCGCGAGAUUCAAGAUGGCCGCCGUUCGCGCGCAAAAGUGCCGUGCGGCCCACGAUCGAGGAUACGAUCGCGGUCUGCCGGCAUGGAAAAGAGUCCCCCAGACACCCCUAACCCCCAGAGACCUGCCCUGAAGUCCCAGCACCAAUGAAUAAAAAGCGUGCUCGCGGUAAAACGCCGCGAUCCAUGCGAGACCAGAGUAAAGCAUAGGAAAGAAAAGGUGCCAGCAACAGAAAACAGGCUAAUAAAGCAGAAAAUACAGGGUUAAUUCAGGGGAAGGGUUACAGGGGGAGAAUAUCACACUAUACAAAUCCAAAUGGAAGGCAAGUGCAAAAUAAUGAAAAACGUUUAGGCCAAAAUUGCAGGACAAGCUAAUAAAGUUUAACAAAAGUGCCCAUGCAUAUCCAGAAACAGUUUGGAGCAAAAACUGAAUGUCUAGCAUUAAAAAUCUAACUAAAGUGACCAUAGCAAUAUUAAUAAAAACAGUUGGAGGAAACUGAAAGUCAAUUAAUAAAGUUUAAUUAAAGUGGUAUCCAGAAAAAACAGUUAGGAUUAAAACUGAAUGUCUAGCAUAAGGUGUCUAACUACAGUGACCAUAGCAAUAUUAAUAAAAACAGUUUGGAACAAACUGAAAGUUAAGCAAUAAAUGAUUAACUAAUGACAAUUGCAAUAUUCAGUAAAACAGUUUGGAGCAAAAUACUCUGACCUGUGCCUUGGCUGGUAAGCAGCAAAGAAAGAGGAAGUCAUGUGACUGUCAGGGCUUUAUAUAUGAAUGUGAUGCCUGUUACUGAUUGGUUUAAAGUUUAUUGAUUGACUUGUGCUGCUGGAGGCAUAAAGUAAAGAAAGUUAUGCAAAAUAUGAAGCCUCCUGUCAUGUGAUAAAAUUAGGGUGGUGGGCUGGCUAAUAUUAAUUCUAUGUAUACUUAUAUUCACAUAAUGUCAUUCAUCGACUGAAAGUGAGCAUUGGUGCAUUUAGCCAAUGAAUUGCAGCUAAUGAAUUCCAAUGGGUUAGCACCCAGCUGCUGCAGCUCUUUAGUAGCCAUAUGUUUUAAGCCAGCAGGAGAGGAGGACAACCUUCCGGUGGGGACCCAGGUAAUAGGGUAAACUGUUCAAAGAUGGUUUGUCCCAUUACCGGGGAGCUCCACCAGGGUACUUCUUGCAAUAAACCUUUAAUAUUUAUACAUGUGUUCAAAAAUUGUGGUUCUUAACUGUGCUAGAAAAAAGAAUUUGAAAUGUUUAUUGAAUUUCAUGGUAUUAUGUUCAUCAUGGAACAUAAAUUAAAAAAUGUACUAUAAUUUGUCAUAAACAAGCUACACAAUUUAAAUCUCAAAACAUGUUUUAAAUACGGGUACAACUUUCAAAAACUAUCACCACAUAUCUGAUUGCAUUGCACACUUUGACAAUAGUAUAUAUGUUUUACACAUUCUGGCCAAUCCAAGUGAUAAUGAAAAAUGAAUUUAAAGUGAAUUAUAAAUUUAAGGCCAAAAUUCUUCAAGUCAGUUAGGGUUCCAGUUGAGCUACUUUGACCUUAAGUUUUGAAUUCACUGUAAAGUCCCUUUGAACUGACAACAAUUCUCAUUUUAGUAACUAAGCCUUUAAGAUUUUUUUUUCAUGUUACCUUUGAUAAUCUAUAAUUACAUUUUAAGCCAGCACCAGUUUCAGGAAAGGGGCACCUAAUGGACAAACAUAUUUGUGACACAUUAAAACUAACAGAAGCAGAUGGUUUACAUGCCCCUUCUUGCUAAAGUUUACAAUCUAUGGUGUGUACACAAUAAUCCUAAUGGACAUGGAAACAUUAAAUAUAUAUAUAAAAUUUAAAAAAACAAUAAUACAUUUGUUAAAUUGCUUAAAUAAAAUAACUUCAUAAAUAAUUAGUAAUGAUUUACUGCAGUUUAUUUAGACUAAAAGCCUAGUUUAUCUUUACAAAACCUGUUGACAGAUGGAUGGUAUCUUUGAUUUUUUUAAAUUUGAAGAAGAAAAAUGCUGGCACACUGUAUGAAACAGUUUUUUUUUCAACUGACACACAUCUGCUUUCUUAGGCAUAACCUCUGUUUGUGUUCGGGGCCAUUUCAAUAUAGUAUGAAAUAGCUAGUGAGUAUACUUAUCACAAUAAUGAAAAAGUCGGUAGAGGUGUGCCGAAACCGACGUGUGUGGUAGGACUGUAAAUAAGUAGGCCUACCUUAAAUAGUAUUGAAUAGAGUAUUGAAUAGAGGGAGAGGAGGGUGGGCCAGAAGUACGUCUGGACCAGUAGGUAAGUUAGGUAGGAGGGGGAGUCCCUUUUAAAAGGAUAUAGCCCCUCCCACAACUUCAGGCCCUGCCUUCCAAUAUAUCUGAAGGCAGUAGCAUUUUGAAAUGCACAUUCAUUAAUCAUCUUAUUUUCCAUCUUCUUUUUUUUUUUUUUGGUGUCACAUACAGAAUUCCAAAUCACAAUACAAAUGAAUAGGCUUGUUCAUUUCUUGUUUUAUUUGUUCAGUGAUUCGAUCAUAUGGCAAUUCAUAUUUACAAAAUUCUUGCUGAUCAUCUAAAAUUGUAACCACGAUUCAUUUGAAACUGAAUGCACAGAUAUAUUGCUUACUAUAAAUGUUAUAGGAAAAACUUUGUUAAUAGGAUUUCUUAAGCUGACGUUGGACAAUAUUCAGUAGAAUAAGCUGUAUUGGUCCUUCUCUGAGAUAUAGCAAACGACAAAUUUAAAAAACACAUGCCGUUGCAGAAGGUUAAGUAGUUAAGUUGAUGAUUUCACGUUUAUAUUUUUCAGAUCAGCUGGAGGUUGCUCAAAGCACAGGUCAUCUGAUGACGCCACCUAUGUCACCAGCAAUUUUAAACAGAGGAAGUGUCAUAAACCAAGGACCAAUGGCUAUAAGACCUUCCAGUGUAGCAUCAGUUUUACCCACCCAUCCACAGGUUUCCUCUUUCUCAGAACCUUUAUUCCAGAAUCUUCCUCCACCAAAUCAAAAUUAUUUUGGCACCAGUUCAAACUACCAGGCCAUGUUCCGUGCUCAUGUUCAACCUCCAUCUGGAACUUUCCAUCACAGAGUAGAUCAGAAUAGAUACACUCAACUGAAUGACCAACAAAUUCAAAGAGACUACUAUCCAAGUAGUUGUACAAUGUCUCCAUACAGCGUUCAUCCUUCUUCAAACUAUGGCUCAGCAUCCAAUGCACAGGAAACACAAAGCAUGCAAUUCCUUAAUGGAGGAUUCAAUUUUAUAAAUGGUUCUGUUCCUGGAAGUUGUCAAGGAGGAACAUAUUCAUCAAAUACAGCCAAUGGUAUUUUUAAAAGUGUUUAAAAGUAUUGGUUGAUUUCAAGUUGUAAAGAUUAUUAUCACAACAGGUCUGCCUUGCUAUAUACUGCAGAAGAUAUGCAUUGAAUAAAUAGUUAAUACACAAGUCAUAGUCACAGAUGCACAUGUAAGAUGGAACUCAAUUUUAUUAAGGGAAUACUGUCUUACCUUAUGUGGUUUAAGCAUUUUUAUAUGGUUUGACAACUUAUUUGUGUCCCCUGUGUCUUGGGCACCGGUGAAGGGCUGAAAGCACCAGCUGUAGCACUCAGCCUAUUAUUGGCCACCUGAUCAAUGCUGUUCAAGGCAGUUCAAGGCAAUUCUGACUGGAAGAUCAUGAUAAAAUUGUAAGUUCAGCUAAGGUGGAGCUCAGUGAUUCCAGCACCGAUAAACAUCCAAGUGUCUAAUCUGAUGUUAUCCACGAGUGUUACUUUAAACAGAAAGACAAAACAAUGGCUACAUGGGACACACAGAACUAGAAUGGCAUCCCUCCACUCUGCGGGAGAUCGCCUAAGUUGUCUAAAUUUGCAUGCUCAUUUUGGAUGGGGUAAUUUUAAAUGGGCUAUGAGGGGCAUUUACAUUUUAGAAAGUGUGACGGAGGCAGGGCUAUAGGUCACAUAAGUGGAUUUCUGAACUACACAGCCAAUAAACCUAUACUGGAGAGAAGUAUAAGGGAUAAACAAAAUAUAAUAGACCAGAAUGGGAGUCUCCUGAUUAGUGGAUUAGUUAGGAUGGAGUCUAUCAUUUAAAGGUGAGUUUUUGUGAGAUUUUUUUUUUCUUCAUUUAUUACUUUCAUUUUUUUUUUUUUUUUUAUUAACUUUAACCUGUGCUCAGACCACUCUCAGAGGACAAAAAGCAGCAACAAAAAAUCCUCAAAAUUUCCAAUUUUUUGGAGUAUAAUAUUUGGCUGCUUUGCUGUGCUACCAGACAGUCAUGGAUAAAACAGACAGGUAGUGAUAUUUAUUUGUCUGCAUGGUUGUCUUCAGUGCCUAUCAAACGCACCAAUUGUGUUUUGUUGCCUGGAGUGUUUUAAUAAGCCAUUUGUUUUGAGUAUAUAUUUUGACACAGGAUAUUUAAAGGUAUGUUCAUUAAAUAGUAAAGUGUGCUGAUUUGACAACCAGCUGUUCUUACCUUUUCCACAAAAACGUUAAUUCUGGUGAUUUUUAAAAUGUCUGCCAUUUCUGCCCUUGUAUUAGUAUAGGUUACUUGGUAGUGAAUAGAUUCCUUAGUCUUUUACAAGGGAGUACCCAUAUAUGUUUUAAAAAGACAAUAUAGUCACCAAAACAACUUUAUCUUUACUAGGCACUCUAGACCCCUAAAGCACUUUAGCUUGCUAAAAAGCUUUGUGUGUGCAAAGCGUGUCCUCUUUUUUUUUUUAAAUACACUCGUAUAAAUUCACCUGGUUACAUCCCCUGGCUUUCAAGCAGAAAACCGGUCCAGUUACUGCCUGGUUUGGUUUGCUCUGUGGAGCUAAACACAAGAGGCAGCAAUUGCCCAGAGAACCUGCCUUGCAAUGACUUCUCAUGGAGCUGCAUUGGUAUGUCUGUGUUUGAAAAGCCACAGAAAGUUUGGGCAGGGUAGUAGGGGGCUUGAAAAGGCUUUGGACAAGAUAGACAAGAGAAUUAGGAGUUAAAUCUCUUUUGUUUCUGUUUAUGCAGUCCAAGGCACACCUCCCUUGGCUGUGACUCACUCAGCUACGUGAAAAAAUGAAUGACUUCAUUUUCAAUCAGAAGUUAACUUUCUUUUGAAGUUUUUUUGAAAUUCUAAAUUAAACAGAAUUUGCAAUAAAUGAAGUGUAAACAUUAAAUCUCAAUUACACAAAGUGUUUAGGAAGGCUGUGUACAGGUAGGCAUGAAUAGGGCUGCUUAAAGGGACACUCCAGGCACCCAGACCACUUCUGCCCAUUGGAGUGGUCUGGAUGCCAACUCCCACUACCCUUAACCCUGCAGCUGUAAUAAAUGCAGUUUUCACUUUUACUGGCGAUAUCAUCGUUGUAAUACAUUUUACUGUUUUGAAACACAAAUAUCUGUGUUCAGCGAAGUCUCCCGAGUACAACAGUACCCCUCAUGUACAGGUUUACUAGAUAGCCACUAGAGGGCACUUCCUGGUUUCUAGCACAGAGUGUCGCUGGACGUCCUCACGCCAUGGGAGGACCUCCAGCGUCGCUCAAUUCCCCUUAGGAAAGCAUUGAAAGCAUUUUCAAUGCUUUCCUAUGGAGAGGUCUAAUGCGCGGGCGCGGGGAGGAGCUAGGGCGAACCCAAAACCACCGCCGAGGGACAUCUGCGGGGGUGUCAGGUAAGUCACUGAAGGGGUUUUCACCUCUUAAGCAACAUGGGAUGGGGGGUGGGAGGGAGAGGGAACCUGCAGUGCAACAAAAAUGUUUUGUUUUCCUGGCACUGGAGUGUCCCUUUAAACAAAGUGAUUUAACUUGUAAACGGCAGAGAAUUGAGCAGUGAUAUUGCAGGGGCACAAUCUAUACACCAAAAUGGCUUCAUUAAGCUAAAUAUGUUUUGAUGACUAUAGUUUCCUUUUAAAUAUUAUGCUUAUAAAUGUUUAAAAUAUAGCCGUUCCAGUACUCAUCUAUGUUUACUUUUUUUGCAGGAUAUUAUGGGAAUAAUUUAUGUUACCAAGAUUCCCACAGGAUUGGAUCAAUGGUUGAUCAACACGUAUCUGUCAUUAGCAGCGUUAGCAGCAUUCGCCCUCUACAUUCGUUUAAUGACAUUCAUGAUCCUCUCAAUAUAUUAGAUGAUAGUGGGAGAAAGCUUGACUCAUAUUAUACAGACUCUUCACCACCAAUGAUUUGUCGUAAUUCAAUGUGUAGGUGUUCUUAUUGUAUGCCAGAAAAUGUUUUAUAAUAGAAUUAAUCAUUUAUAAUUACAAAUGGCUUAUAAUAGUCAUUACGUGACUGAGUUCCAGCACUACCCAUAUUUGUUUACAAUAGAAUUGGUAUGUGAAUAAAGUGCAGAUGCUAAUACUAUUUGAAAUAUUCUUUGUACAUUUUUCAGUACAGUAAAAAAAAAUUCACUUUGCAGUGUUGAAAAAAAUAUUAUAAACCUUUUUUUAUGGAUAUGUUGUUGAAAAUGUUUUUGUAUUACUAAUAAUAUCUGCUUCUUCUAUCUGUCAAGCUAAGUUAUGUUAUUACCCUCUUUAAUCAGCAUAGCCAUAUCUAAAGUAGAUUAAGAAUUGUGAUUAUUUAUGUACAGUACAUAUUAAACAUUUUCUUGAAGUACACACACACACAUACACUGCCCCCACACAUUGCCCCCACAUACAUAGACUGCCCCCAUACACACACACUGCCCCCACAUACAUGCACUGCCCCAUACACACACAUUGCCCCAUACACACACAUUGCCCCCACAUAUACACUGCCCCCAUACACACAUACACUGCCCCCAUACACACACACACUGCCCAUACACAUACAUACAUGCAUACACUGCCCCACAUACAUACACUGCCCCAUACACACACAUUGCCCCACACACAUACACUGCCCCCAUACACAUACACUGCCCCCACACACAUACACUGCCCCAUACACAUACACUGCCCCCAUACACACACAUUGCCCCACAUACAUACACUGCCCCCAUACACAUUGCCCACCAUACACAUACACUACUGCUCCCACACACAUACACUGCCCCCAUACACACACAUACACUUCCCCCAUACACACACAUUGCCCACAUACACUGCCCCAAUACACACACACACCCUACAGACACAUUGCCCCCCCACACACAAACUUCCCCCCAUACACACAUUGCCCCCCACUCACACAGCAACGCACACACACACUCUGCCCCCCUAACACACACUGCCAUCCUCACGUACACACUGCAAUGCACACAUACACACACACUGCUCACACAGUCCUUCUUACACAAAGACACACACACUGCACCCCUGCUCCUAUGCCCUACUACAGCCCAAUUUCCAAGCAGACCUCAGGUAAGUUGUCAAACUGUUCUCAAACGGUUUGACUACUUACUCUGGAAGGGGGUCCCGGCACUACUGGCACCAUAGCUACUACACUGAGCUGUAGUGGGUAUUGUGUCUGGAUUAUUUCUCUAAAUAAUCUGCAAGUGCCCCUCCCGAGGUCAGGCUCUGGAUCUGCCACUGCCAGAACCACUACAUUAAGUAGUAGUAGUUCUAGUGACUAUAGUGUCCUCUUAAUUAUGCAUUGUUUUCUUUGCAGUAUAGUUAAAUAGACCUUGCAAAAGCUGCAGAUAUCUUGUCUGCAGCUUUUGGAAGUCCCACCUUCAUCCCCAGACUUUCUGUGGCUGUCCAAUCACAGACUUCCCAAUGCAGCUCAAUAAGAAAUCUUUGCGUGGCAGGUGUUCUGAGCAUUUGCUGCCUCUUGAGUUUAGCUCCUCUUAGCUAAACAAACAUAAAGUAAUAGGACUGGUUGUCUGCUAGAUAGUCGGGGGGAGGGAGUAACAAGGUUUAUUCAUGAAAGUGACAGUUUCCAAUGAAAUCUGCACAUUUUGCACAAUUAAAAAAAAUAGGAAACACUCUUCACACAUAAACAACUCCAGCAAGUGCUUUAGGUGUUUGGAGCACUCUUUUAAUAAAAUGUUGAUUGGUCAAAAAAGUCAGUGUGAAAUGUUGUAGUUGUUUUACAUAAAUCUAUAAAAGUUAAAUGUAUUUCCUUUUGUUUGUGCAGCUUCAAACAUGGAAAAUGUUAUAUCUCCAUCUUCAUCUCAAUGCAUGUAUGGUUCGACUGACCACUACACUUCUCAAGAAACAAUGGAUUCUCAUGGGCACACUGAUGAUGUUAGAGAAAUGGAAUCUUCUUUACCUCCUAUUAACACAGUCUUUUUGGGAGCCACUUCAUCGAGCAGCUGAACUGGUGGUCAUGCUGAUAUUUUCAACAUCUAAUUAUAAAAAGAUUAUACUUUUUUUCUGAAUCAGAAUAAACAUUGAAUCGUUAUGAUUCAC